AUGAGUCAAUCAGAUUAAGCAAAGCCAGACCAACCAAUGAACUUAGAUAUACAUUCAAAGGUAAUUAAUAAUGAGGAUUCAAAAAUGUCUUAAAAUGAAGAAUUAAUAAUCAAGGAUUUUCACCAAUCAGAUGAAUUUCAAUAUUCCCAAAGAGGUAUACAUAUUCGAUAUAUAAAUGAGACCCAAAUAGAAGAACCAUAAAAGUUGAAACUAUUCCGAUAUGCAAGAUAAGGAAAAUAAGAGGAGUUUGAAGAAGAAAUUAAUAAAGAGCCUGAUUAGCUAAAGCAUGGAAAAUAUUUUAGUUCAACUGAUCCUGAGCAUAAGAGUAUCUUACAUCAUACUCUCUUGAAUGCUAAUGAUGAAUUUUUGGAAUAUUUACUUCAUAAUUACUAUCAUUUUGUUUGUCCCAAUUCAGCUAGGUCUCCUGCAGAUUUUAAUUCCUUUGAGCUUGAUGGAAAUUAUACUUUGCAUUUAGCUUUAACUCUUGCAGGUUAUACUUAAUUUUAAUAGAGAGCCAUUAACUGCGUUAAAACCCUAAUAAAAUAUAAUGACUAAAAUAUUCAUUAGCUUGAUAUUGUUUUUCCUAGGAUUAACAUUGAUAAGCAAGAUAGACUAGGUAGAACGAUACUACAUUUAUCCGCUAUGCAUGGUUUGGAUGAGUUAGCAUAGAUUCUAUUAGAAAGAAAUGCAGAUUUAAAUGUUGAGGAUUUGGAUGGUCAUUCACCAAUCAUCUAUUCAAUCGAUUUCAAAAGACCUAGCAUAUUUCAAAUGAUUAUCAACAAGGAUCAAGGUUAAUCUCUAAAGUUGGAUAAUAAUGGAGAUAAUCUAAGUAUAAGAGCAAUUAAAUAAAAUUCCUGGGAAUGCUUUGCUUAUUUAUCUUAAAUUUAAGAUAACAUCUAAAUUGAUUAAAAGCUUUAGUAAAUAGCUAUCAAUUGUGAUCUUAGUCAAGAAUAUGAAAUAGCAUCAAAUUAAAGAUAUCUUCAGCACGCGGGUUUCGAAAAUUAUUAAAAUGUGAAAAGGAGGGUAAGCUAGAAAGAUCGUUAGCCUGAAAAUGCAGAGAGAUUAAUGGUGAUGAUUUAAAAGGAAAAAGGAACACUUAUCGCAAGUGAAGAGUUUACAAAUGAUUAAAAGUUUACCUAGAGAACAGUAACAUAAAAAGCUAAAGAAGGUGAUGUGUUUAGAGUGCAUGAUUAUAAUUACUUGAUGAAAGUUAUUAAGUAGACUGAAACUCUAAAAAUCAGAGAUGGCGACACUGUUUUAUCUGCAGACUCAUGGGAUUGCAGUUUACUCUCUUGUGGUGCGGUGAUAGAGGCUUGUGAUAGUAUAAUGAAAGGUGAGACUAGAAAUGCAUUUUGUGCUGUAAGACCACCUGGACAUCAUGCUGGUAUUUAUGGAAAGACCAUGCAUCAUGAACACUCAUUACUUUGUGAUUAAAACAAGCUAACUAAUGGUUUUUGUUUCAUCAAUAAUGUUGCAGUUGCUGCAUGCUACCUCAAAAAUAUGUACAGAGAAAAAAUAAAGAAAGUAGCAAUAGUAGAUUUUGAUGUUCAUCAUGGAAAUGGAACAUAGGAAAUAGUAGAAGCGUUACUUCCAAAGAAAUUUGUGGUGAAGUAUAACACUCCGUUUUCUGAGUUACAGGAAACAUAAUAUUAAUGCAGACCUUGGCUGGAUCUCGAAGAUGCAAAGAAUGUUUUGUUCUGCUCUGUUCAUCUAUUUCAAGUGUCUGACCAUGAAAUAAAGUUCUAUCCUGGCACUGGAGAUUCUGAAGAAAAUACUAAAAACGAUAAUUCAAUUUAUCCAGGAGGAGUCCUGAAUGUUCCAAUGACACCGAGGAGAGCAUAUGGAUAUAAAUGGAUGUCUAGAUUUUAAAAAGUUGUUUUUCCUAGACUUUUGGAAUUUAAUCCAGAUUUCAUACUGAUCUCUGCGGGUUUCGAUGCCCAUGAAAGAGAUCAUCUAAAUCAUUCUGACAAAGCUAGCACUUCUAUAAAUGAGUUUUAAUAUUAAUGGGUCACUGAGAAUUUACAAAAAAUAGCCAAUAAAUGUUGUGAAGGUAGAAUGGUUAGUGUGCUAGAGGGAGGCUACAACACUAAUGCAGGUCCAAUUUCACCACUUGCAUAAUCGGUAAAAUAUCAUGUUAGGGCCCUCCUCAGAACUAGUAAUGAGAAAUAUAAUUUAAAUGAAGAUUAAGAACAAAUUGAGAGAACAAAGAGGUAAAAAUUAAAGUAACUUAGACACCCACAGCACUUAGAAUAGCAUUCAUACUAAGUAAAAUUUGACUGA